AUGGUAAGAGAUGAAUUGGAUUGUGGAAGACGUUGCGUGGGUCGCGAGGGUUGUAAAUCGUACAACUACGAAUAUCACAAUACCAGCAGCCGAAGACAUACAUGUGAAUUAAACUCAGAAAAAAAGGAAGAAAAACCAGAUAGCUACAUAGUCAAAUAUGGAUACGUCUAUUACCAAUCAUUGACGGAAAUUAAGGUAUGGAAUCUUCUUUUGCACAUGUUUACCUUAGCAGAAUCGGACCUUAAAGUCUAGUUAUCUCAGGUCCCUUGAGGUUCUCGGUUCCUCUUUCUCGCGGUUCGCUCCCAUUCUCGUGCUCAACACAGGCAUUCCCCAGCUUGACUUGUGAGUAAGUCUAGUUCUAGACCAACAAACCUUUCCAGGGCCUAGCAUUCUCCGCAGGUAUCACUGUCCUCUAGAGAAUGGGUGAGAGAAUGGGGGGUAGAAAGGGGAGCGACACUGACAACUCCUUCCCUUUCUUUCCUUGAUUUUUUUCCUUUUCUCUUUCUCAGACUCCUAACGGUCAGUGUAACCGUUACAAAAGGAAUUCCAGAAGGAGGAAGCUAUGCACGGGCAUUUUUUCUCAAAAUAUCAAGGAGAUACAUCACUGUAUUCAGUAAAAUAAAACCUCUUGUGUUUCCUCUUAACAGGACAGUGUUGGAUGUGCUAAAUACACUUGUUAUAACGGAGGCACCUGUAUAGAUACUUGUCAUGGAGACAUGUUUUACUGUCAGUGUACUAGGUUUUUCCGCGGCAGACAGUGUGAGAGACCAAGAGGUACGUUAGAUGUUUGUCAUUUGCGAUCAUAGGGGCUGUGUUGCGAAGAAGGAAGUUUCUCUUAUCAACUCGUUGCUCAAAGCUCGCAGUUGACGAAAGUAGAGAAUGUUAUUGAAAAAAAACCUGAUCCAGCACCUGUUAAGAAGUCUGCUUCAUCUGCCUGUUUCACUGUCUUUCCACAGCGCGAAAUUGCAAGGAAUUAAAAGAUCUUGGCGACGGAUUAAGCGGCUUCAAGCAAAUAGCUCCUGGCGGCGAUGAUGGGCAAGGAAUAGCAGUUUAUUGUGACCAGACUACUGAUGGUGGAGGAUGGACUCAAAUACAGAAGCGUUCGACUCCUUUCAAAGCAUUACUCUCCAAGACUUGGGCCGAUUACGAACAAGGCUUCGGCAUCGAGAGCGGAGGAGAACACUUUUGGAUUGGAAAUAAGUAUCUCUCGCUCCUGACAAAAUCUCCUGUAAAGUUACGGAUCGAUGUCUUACCGAACGGCUAUGCGGUUUACGACGACUUCUCCAUAUCAGGACCUGAGGAUAAUUACCGUCUUCAUAUCGGGCCAAUUGUAUCGGGAAAUAUGAACGAUGCCAUACACGGCGACGGUACUCAAGCAAACGAACAGAACGGUAUGCCGUUCUCGACAUCAGAUCGAAACAACAACGGCCUUAAAUGGUGCGCAAAUAUUAACGGCCCCUCUGGAUGGUGGUUCAACAAAUGCGGACUAGCAAACUUAAACCAGGCUUACAUGCCACAAUGGAGCGGUUACAAUUAUUACCCAAUGACUCAAACUACAAUGAAAAUACGACCCAUGUGA